UAAGUGUCGGUCAUGUGACACUUGACGUCACUUCCGUUUUUCCCCAUCAUGUCGUCCUACAUGUCGUCCAGAAUUUCUCUGAAUUGUCGUCAUCUCCCGCGAUAUUUCUUCAACUCGACCAAACUAAAUCCACCCGGAUUCACUCUUAGAAUUGGUCAUCAGUUUUCUGCUGCAGCUGAAUCAAAUAAAGUCGCUGAAGGAAACAGCACCACAACAGCUGCGCCCCCUCCUGGGGCUGCAGACGCUGUACAUAACGAACUGAAUAAAGAGUUGCUGGAAGCAAAUAAGAAAUUAACAGAAGACGUCAAGAAAAUGAAGGACAAAUACUUGUUAGCACUGGCAGAAAGUGAAAAUGUUCGAAUGAGGAUGAAUAAACAGAUCCAAGAUGCCAAAUUAUUCAGCAUCCAAGGCUUCUGUCGAGACCUCUUUGAGGUGGCAGAUAUUUUGACCAAAGCUACUGAAUCAGUGCCAAAGGAAGAAUUAGAGAGGAACCAGCAUCUAAAACAUUUAUUUGAAGGUUUAACCAUGACAGAGAGUCAACUCCAGAAAGUGUUUAAUAAACACGCCAUUGAACAGAUCAUACCAAAAGAAGGGGACAAAUUUGACCCCUACCUCCAUGAAGCCAUGUUUGAAGUGAGUUGUGAGGGCAAAGAAGCGGGGACAGUAGCAACCCUCACAAAAUUAGGCUACAAGCUGCAUAAUCGAACUGUCAGACCAGCAGUAGUUGGUGUUUAUAAGGCAAUGUAAAAAAAUCUGUAGAAUGAUUAAAAACAAUAUGUGGGUGGGGAAGGGAGUGGACAAGGGGAGGGGUUGUUGGUUGCCACAAAAAUUGUUCAAUAAAUUUGUUCCCCUUUUUUUUCUGCUAAUGAGAAAAUGAUGCGGGAGAUAUAAUUUAAAGAAGCCAUUUCGGUGAGAGUGAAGUGGGAAGAGUCUGUUAAUUGAUAUUUUACAAGUAAAAGUGAUUUCUUCUAUAAA